UAUUCCAUUUUGUUUCUGUAACUUAACCUCUAAGACAAAAAGUUCAAAAGCUUUAUUUAGUUAAGAAAGCGGAUAUAUUUUUAGAAAAGCAUUAAAUCAAGCACUCAAUAUGGCAGGUUUUGAAAUAAGAACUUCGAAUAGCAAGAAGGGAAAAGGACUAUUUGCCACCAAGAAGUUUGAUAAAGGUGAUAUUAUAUUAGAAGAAGAUCCUUUAGUUUCGUGCCAAUUUGCUUGGAAUGCUGCAUACAGAUAUUUAGCAUGUGAUUACUGUAUGAGACCAUUAGAAACGCCAGAGCAAAAUGUGAGACGCCUAUCUUGUAAACCAGAUAUAGUUCUACCUCAUGCAAAUUGUUUUGAUAUUAAUUUGGAGAAUGUAGCUACUUGUGAUCAAUGCGGUACAUUGUAUUGCGGUGAGGAAUGCAGACAACGAGCGUUUGAUACUUAUCAUCGAAGUUUAUGUUAUGACACAACAGAUGCUCAACAUCCUAUAAUGGUACUUUUGGAGACUUGGAAACAAAUGCACUAUCCUCCGGAAACAACAAGUGUAAUGCUUUUAGUAAGAAUUCUAGCUUUUAUAGAACAGAGUAAUGAUCCAAGUGCAGCAGCCGGUGUUAUCAAACAAUUCUGUCAUAGAACAGUUAAUGAAGAUGCAGAACUUGUUCACAAGUUGCUUGGUGAACAGUUUACUGACCAGCUGAACACAUUACGAGAUAUGACAGCUAAUGUUAUUAAAGGAGACCAUAUACAAGAGUUUCUGACACCGGAAGGAUUUUGCAGUUUGAUGGCAUUAGUUGGGACAAAUGGUCAAGGUAUUGGAACAAGUCCUCUUGCUAUGUGGGUAAACUCGGUAUCAGAACUGACUAUGUCUGAUGAUGAGAGACAGCAACUUGAUUUGUUUAUUGACAAGCUGUAUCAAUAUGUGGAACAAGAAUCCGGUACUUUCCUAAAUACGGAAGGCUCUGGCCUAUUCCGAUUGCAGAGUGCAUGCAAUCACAGUUGUGCUCCUAAUGCCGAAUCAUCGUUUCCAUACGGCAAUCAUAGGAUACAAUUAAAAGCAAUCGAUGUUAUUAUGCCCGGAGAUGAGAUAUAUAUAAGCUAUUUAGAUGAGUGUUCACUGCAGCGGUCGAGGCAUUCUAGACAAAAGGAGCUGGCACAAAAUUAUUUAUUUGUCUGUUGGUGUGAACGUUGCCUUGCACAAGGCUCGCAGCCGGACUGCACCAGCGAGGAGGACAUGAGUGAUGAUGAAAUAGAUGAUGAAGACUGAUGUUCCAACUUCCUGGCAUUUUGCCUCUUGGGUCUUUGAUGGAUACACUGUGAAUAUGCUUCAACAUACCUGUGACAAAAAAGGGUGGGUAGAAGCUCCAUAUAGUCAUGGCUAAAAGACAUUUAAGAAAUAUAUAGACUUGACAUAUUGAACAUUUUUCACUGGUAACUUGUUUGAAAGGUACUGUGUUAGUUGUCAAGUUCAGUACUCUACCUCAUGUUAUUGUAUUGACAUGUUAUAAAACAUUUUAUUAUUAUAAUAAACUAAACAAUGUCACAAAAUGAAAUAUAAACUUUUAAGGGUCUGUCCCACCAAUUUGUAAAUCGUCUGAAAACAAUCUAACGAGUAAAAUAUGUGACGGAAAUAUC